UUAUACAAAUUAUUAUUAUAGUAGUUUUAUCAAAGCCAGAGUGUGCUAUACUUGUUUCCGUUUAUUUAUCUAUCCUUCACGGAUGUACUUCUUUUUCGAUUUUUAUUAAAAAUGAAAUUGUUAUCUACGUUACAAAGUUUCAGUGCAUUAUCUACCCACAAAUCCGGUUAACUGGCCUCUCAAUCGAUAAAAGAGUGUUAGAUUUUGUAUUUUACUGCUAUAAUAUUGUUUUUUAAGUUAUUAUGUCUAUUUUCAUGUUAUUAAAUCCGUUUUUAUUUUUUCGAAAUUAUGUUCGAAUUCCUGUGGAAACAUUUGUAAAAAAGCAGUAUUUUGAAUAUAAGGAGCGGACUAAUAAGGGUAUAAGCAGUGCUAAAGAGCUUCUGUACAGGGUAGGGAUCAUAUUGCUCUUUGCGACGGUGAUUUUAUGGAUUUCUGUGUUUAUGUAUGUUGUUUUCUAUUAUACAUACAUACCGAACGUAACUCAUGUCCGUCCAGUUCAUUUGCAAUUUAAGUCAUGCGAGGAACAAAUGGGUGUUUGUUCGUUCCCGUCAGCACAUGUUCAACUGACGAAACGCAGUUACAUGCUGAUGCCGGCGCAACCGUACCGCGUGCGUCUCGUCUUAGACAUGCCCGAGUCGCCGCCCAAUAAGGAAUUAGGUAUGUUCUUGGUGUGCGCUCAAAUGCGAGCAAAAGGCGGGGUGCUGGUGUCGUCGUCGUGUAGAUCUGCAAUGCUACGGCAUCGAUCUCGCCUUCACACGCUGUUCCGUACAAUGCUUCUGGUGCCGCUGCUGCUAUCGGGCUGCAGCGAAGAGAAGCAGCAGCUCCAAGUUGAACUCUUCAGUGACUUCGUCGAUGACCAGGAUGUACCGGUAACAGAUGCUUACGUUGAAGUUCAAUCGCGGUUCGCACAAGUAUAUGGUGUUGAAUUGCACAUCGAGGCACAUUUUACCGGCCUCCGAUAUGUCAUGUUCCACUGGCCAAAGUUCUCUUGUGUUGUUGGCAUAAGCUCGAACUUGUUCUUCGUCUCGCUGAUAUUCAUCCUAAGCUGGUAUCACUUGCAAGAUGGUCUGCCUGACUUUGUCAAAGGCAAAUUUGGAGAAGAAAAAUUUGGAGAAGAGAAAUUCGAGACAAGUCAUUUCGGAGAAGACAAAUUCGACGAAGAAGAUGAGGAAGACAACGGCAAAGCAAAUAUGCCAUUCAAGUUUGAAGGACCAAUCAAAUUAGAGAGAGAAGACUCCACAUUGUUCUUGGAGGAAGACAGCCUCUUGGACGAUUUACCACCGAUGGAAGAAAUGAAGAAGACUUAAAAUAGACUGAAUUUGUAUGUACGAACAGGAAUAAAGUCGCUUAGUUGUUGUUAGUUACACUUUACACACAUACUGUUACAAGGAGAUGUAUAACUUAAAUCGAUGCUUUU